AUGGACAUCCUAGUAUCGACAGCAUCUAGCCUUGUUCUCCGUUAUGUUCUCAGCAAUGUUCUCCAACCCUACCGACCUAGCAUGGUGAUCCCGGUGUUUCUAGGUCUCUGGGAAGGAACUUGGCUGCACAUGCUCUCAUCGUCAAUGCCAGCAUCGUACGACCCAUAUCUUGCAUAUCUACUGCGUCCUCUUGUGGAUUUCACCAUCUCCGGCAGCUUUUCUUACGUCUUCAUUAUUGUGUCAUGGUCCAUAUUAACAGUACUUGCACUAGAUGCGAUGGGACCCGAACAUUUUUACGAUACUCGGCUGCAGCGGGACUCCAAACGCCCUACACGAAUGGGAUCGUCUCACACAAUGCUGCAUGCGGCUACACAUUCACCGCAAUCACGACGCCGUUCCCGUUCUCGGUCAUUGACCUUCAUUCUACCCACUUCUCCGGAAUCUGCUACUCACACACCAUCCUCGUCACGACAACAAUCACAAUCAUCUGCAAUCACCUCCAACUCUUCUUCAACCACUCCCACCGGUGUAUCGCCUACCCCCAGAUUUGAUUUAACCCCCCAACAGCAGCCAAUUGCUCCCAUCGAGUCACUUCAGAUGCACAUACCCAGUCAGGUAGUAAUCGCAAACACCGAACCCCUACCGAAUCCCGUCAGUUCACCCAUCUCCUCUAUCCCACUUCUGCAAACACCUGUGGGGCACCGCAUAGAAUUGGUGGUACCAGUGCUUACAGAAGGAAGUCGCUCAACUUUCCCUCGUUCUCCAUUUCCCCCUUCCACCUCCACGCCAACCCAAAUCUCGAACACCGAUCCGACACCUCGUGAACAAGCGGACCCAGAUCGCCCGAUACCAGUUCCAGCGCCCUCUUAUUUCCCUACUGUGGCGCUUCAAUCAAAUUUACCUACAGAGACACACUACCGGGAAGCUCCGGUCGUCCGCGCGCAAAACGAUGACGAUGCUGACCCUCUACAAACUCCUGUUCUGCGCGGAUUCGACGACCCGGUUCACGUAGAUUCCGACUUCGACGAGCUGACAACACCACCUUAUAUGAGACCACCACGACCCGCCUUUAUCUCACACGGUGGACCAACAAUUAUCGAGGAUGUGCCUACAGCAGGUCCCUCUUUGCUGCUUAAAGUACUCUCUACAACAAUCGACCCAUCCACUUCCAACGUUACUACUAGUGCCACUCCUGUUCCCAUCCCUCCACCAGGCCCACAUCUCCAAUUGGGUUCACCUGCACUGUCAGCCCUAGACGUCCUAUCUCCUGCCUCUCCUGCCUCUUCCAUGGCUGGUAGUAUAAUCUCCACCACGGACCCCAAAAUCCUGUUUGAACGAGCAGAAAAACUUCGGAAUAGGGCAUGGCAAGAGGUCCAAGAGAAGACACGACUGAAGUCAGAACUGCAGAAAGCCAGGAACGAGGGUAAAAAGAAAGACAUUUUCAUAUUAGCUGGUGACGUGAAAGAAUGUGAACACCGGAUCGAUACACUACAUGCACGCGCUAAAAGGCGAUACUAUCUAGGUGACGUUCUUGCCAAUACGUUGAUGUUCUCUAUGCUGACAGUGUUACAUAUAGCAAAGAACACUGAAGAGAUGGGGGGCGACGAGAUCGACGUACACGGACUAUUCGUCGAAGAGGCCGUGGAUGCGACGGAAGCUGCUUUUCGGAAGGCACUGAAGGAUGGGAAGGAGAGUCUCCGCGUGAUUGUUGGCCGGGGAAACCACUCGAAAGAAGGGACACCUAAAUUAAAGCCAGCAGUUACAGCCGCGAUGAAGAAGUUGAGUGGCAUGGAUUUCAAUGUACUGUCGACCCUCGGAACCCAGGAGUAUUGA